AUGUUCUGGAUGGCCAACCGGGAAGGCCUCUUGUCCAACGCGACGAACGAGCGGUCUGUGCAUGCCGGUCCUCGCACACGGCUCAGCGGCGUGACGAGUUUCGACAACGAGGACGACACGGCGCAGAACUGGAUCCGGUUCUCGGCGGACGACAUUGACGAGGUGGGCACCGAGGGCAUCGUCGAGGGCAUCAUGAAGACGCUGGGCAGGGAGGACCCGGUGUAUCUGUCUCUGGACAUUGACGUGUUGGACCCGGGCGGGUGGACGACGAGGGAGCUGAUUCGGAUCCUGAGGGGCAUUGAGGGAUUGAACGUCGUGGGGGCAGGCGGUGUAUGA